AGACUAAAAGCACUGUCAUGGCAGACAAGAAGAGCACAAGACCCGAAGAGAAACCACAGCCCGAAACAUUGUACGCGGGCAGGGGGUCAAGGCAAAUGGGUAAGAGAGAAGACUCAGCGGAGCCAUCAACACCGCUCCUACCCCCGACACCCGAAGAGAAAUUCCUGAAGAGACAAGCACCGCGAGAGCCAAAGCCUGCUCCCAAGAACGAUGAUGAGCACCUAGCGUCAACGCUGACACGGCCACGAGUCGGCUCCAGCCGAGUGGGCAGCUCCGUGCUGAUAGGGGCUCCCGAUGAACUGCUCGAGGCAUACGAGCAGGCGGUGCUGGAGGCCGAGGCCGAGGAGGAGAGCCAGCAGAGCGAGAACGAGCGUCGUGAAUCGCAGCGACGCGGCGGCGUCCGGAAGCUCAGUCCACUCUCGACGCUCGAAGCCGUGCGUGACGGCCUCCUAUUCAUAUUCGGCAAAUUCCUAAGACUCGUACGGCGCCUCGACAUGCAUGGAGGCGGAACCGGGAACAACAUCAACUUUGUGGAGGGGCUCAUCGACUUCCUGGCGGGCUCUUUGGGCGGGGCCGCACAGGUGUACGUCUCGCAGCCGCUGGACACUGUCAAGGUGAAGCUGCAGACCUUCCCGGAGGCCUACAAAGGAAUGUUCGACUGUUUCGUGAGCACGUAUCGAAAGGAUGGUAUAUUCCGGGGCCUCUAUGCGGGCUCCCUGCCCGCCGUGGUGGCCAAUGUGGCCGAGAAUUCGGUGCUCUUUGCCGCCUACGGAGGAUGCCAGAAGUUUGUCGCUUUCAUGGUCAACAAGGAGACAACCAGCCAGCUGACGACCACCCAAAAUGCCUGUGCCGGCUCCCUGGCCGCCUGCUUCUCCACGCUUACCCUCUGCCCCACGGAGCUGAUCAAAUGCAAGCUCCAGGCCCUGCGCGAAAUGAAGCACUAUAUUGAGCCCAGUCAUCCGCAAGAUAUGCGUACGCCCUGGUCCCUCACGCGGUACAUCUGGCGCACGGAAGGCUUGCGCGGCUUCUAUCGCGGCUUGAGCUCGACAUUCAUGCGUGAGAUGCCCGGCUAUUUCUUCUUCUUUGGCAGCUACGAGGGCACCAGAGAAUUUCUGCGCAGGAACAAUCAAACCAAGGACGAGAUCGGACCAUUGCGCACUAUGGUGGCCGGGGCCAUUGGCGGCGUCUGCCUGUGGACCUCCACGUUUCCCGCCGACGUGAUCAAGAGCCGCAUCCAGGUGAAGAACCUCAACGCCAGCAUGUACACCGUCGGUCGUGAGAUUGUACAACGCGAGGGCGUCCUCGCACUCUAUCGCGGCCUGCUGCCCUCCGUUCUCCGCACCAUACCGGCCACGGCCACGCUCUUCGUCGUCUACGAGUACACCAAGCGUGCGCUACAUGGCACCCUCUAGUGACGCGUGGGGCCGCGGGCGGUCUUCGUCGUCGUCGUCGUCGUCAUCAUUCAACAACUCUGCCAUUACUCUGUCACGCAUAUUUUUUUGUUUUGUUUAGUUAGAUAAUUUUUAGAUAUUAGUGGCCUGUCUGUGUACAUUAUUCAGAUAUCAUAUGACUGACUAUAUAUCCAUGCUGUUGCAA